GACGUGUGACGCUAAAGCGGCGCAGAUGUCAGCCUAACGCUGUUCAACAUUCAUAAUCUCGUCGACAGGAUACCUCAUCUUUUCAUUUUUGCUUAAAUUAUUAGCCUACCACUGCUUUCUCCAACACAAUCAUUCUCGUUCAUUUCUCGGCCAACACUAGCCUGUGCUCCGAUCUGCCUGCAAAUCGCUUGUUGCGCUGUUAUAUCAAGCACGAAACCCAUGGAGACUCCACAAAUCUUCACAACUGCGCUGUUCUUCGAAGGCCAAGAUGAAAAGCUAUGGCCGCGGCGACUGCUCCACGUACCCAGCAUGACUUCUGUCGAACGCGAGGGCGAGCACACGUACCUGGGCGUCCAAAAGCCCGACUAUAAUAUUCUGUCAUACACGUGGGGCCGUUACAAAAUAAGUGACGGUCCCACUCUCCAAGUCAAGAACAUCGGUUGGGACAUCCAGCCCAUCGACCCAUUACGCUUCACUGUCGAGGAUCUGGAGACGACUUUACGGGUAGUCAGUCAUGGUAAACCCUUCAUUUGGAUCGACAUCGCCUGCAUUGACCAAGAGAAUUACGAAGUCAAGAUGGAUGAGAUUGGUCGGCAAGCGGGAAUCUUCUACAACGCUAAAGAUGCCUUCAUCUGGCUGCAUGGCUCAUCAACUCAGCAACUACAGCGCAAGUUCGAUCAUUUCUUCCAGUUGGUGGCGCGCUUGGAUGGCGAAGCUGUUGAGGAGAUUGCCUUCGAUGAAAACACCACAAUAACCAACAACUGGGAGCCCGACGAUGCGGCUUCUGAAAUUUUCAUAGGGGAAAACACAUUUCUACCUCAUUGCAUCAGAGACUUGGACUGGAUCAACGAUAUGCAAAGGUGUUUGUCGGGCAUCAUUGGAGACGUAUGGUUCUCGUCUCUUUGGACCUUACAGGAAGCCUCUCUCCGUCCGGACGCUUGGUUCAUCUCCAAGGAAGGGUCCGUGAUCCCAAGGAAGGGGUAUGCUGAGGUCGCACUCAUGAACCUCGUUCAUGGCAUGGGAGAGAUUGAGCGACAUUUGUCAAAGGCUCUGUACAUGAACCGGCCAGAAGAGGACCACGCUCUCGACGUAGUACUGCCGUCGCUCAAGGUUCUGGAGUCGAUUGUCCAGCGUGUGGGUUUAGGAGGUUGGGAGAACCCCAGCACUCUUUAUGGUUCUGCGCGAUUCAGAGAAUGCAUUGAUCCACUCGAUCGCAUUUAUGGAAUCAUGCAGAUCUUUGGCUUUCGUCUCGGAGCAGCCUGCGAUCCUUCGCGCGAAUACACUCUCGACAAUUUGGAGCACCAGUUUGCGACGCGUAUCAAUGCAGGCUCUCCCAUCAUGGGCCAGCUGUUUGUUCAUACCGAGCCCGUCGACCUUGGCAAAUGCUGGCGUAUUAGUCAAAAUUCACACAUACGAACUGCUCUCCGCUUGAUGAGCACGAUGACCUUGAAUCUUGCUCAGAUACGAUUGGACGACUCCGAGCAACCAGUAUUCGCAGGACCUGCAUGUGACUUCCGUCAAAUUGCUCAGCAGUGGACCAUGGCUGAGGAGAAGAAUGAAGGAUGGCCGUUCUGGGGUGUGGACGGGGCCGUGCACUUUAUUGCUCUCGACGAAAAUGAGUAUUGGUACUCUAGGAUCCCGGAGGACUUGCGCCAUAUAGAGACUGAGAACUUCGCAUUGAACCAAUCCUUAUCGAACCUUCUUUUGGAGAUAUCUGAAGAUGAGCUGCAAAUUUUGCUCCUAGGUCAACUCCUUGAUCCAGAGGAUGAGGAGGAGGCAUUUCCUCCAACAAUGCCUGGCUGUGUUGGAAUUCUUGUACGUCGGGUGGUUUUUCGAGAAAGGGUGGCAUGGCAAAGGCUAGGGUUAUGCGUUUGGGCCAUGGAUGCUUCAAGGGAAGACACAGAGGGUCUUUGGAGAACAGUAGAAUAUGCUUUAGCCUGAUUAACAAGUGAACUGGGUAAUGAGGUCAAACAGACACGCGUGGAUAAAAUUUCACGUUCAUAGCCACCAUGAUAAUUGGAGAGCUAGUAGAUAAUGCCGCAUUGAUGUUCCCACUUGGGAUCUUGAAC